AUGUUCUUCCUCAACGCCAUCGUCAAGAACAUUGCGCCGCUGUUCAUCGCCACGAGCCCCAUCACCAGCUAUGCAGACCAGAUCUACUCGAUCCACAAGACGCGCAGCUCGGCCGGCUUCUCGCUCGACAUACCGCUGAUCAUGCUGGUCGCCAGCAUCCUGAAGAUCUUCUACUGGUUCGGCGCGCACUUUAGCACCUCGCUGCUCAUCCAAGCCCUGCUCACCAUCUUGGUCCAAAUCCUGCUGCUGCACGUCGCCCUCACCAAUCGCGUCCUGCCCGCACACUCUCACCAGCCCUUCCAACACGCCCUCGCCCCAACGCCCCGCCGCCGACCGUACGAUUUCUGGCAAUGGCGUAGCACGCGCCCCUAUUGGGCCUUCGUCACCUACUUGACCGCAGGCUUGCUGGUCUUGCACCUGCUGCUGAGCACAACCCGCCUGUUCGUCCCAUACACAGACCUGCUCGGCAUGGUCGCCCUGGCCAUCGAAGCCACACUGCCUCUCCCACAGCUGCUGGCCAACUGGCAGCGACGAGGCUGCAAGGGCUUCCGCCCCUCGGUCAUUGCGAACUGGGUCGUCGGCGAUACCUUCAAGAUGUGGUUCUUCUUUGCCUCUGCCGCUGGCGAGGUGCCUUGGGCCUUCAAAGCCUGCGGUGUCUUUCAGGCCACCUGUGAUGCAGGCCUGGCUGUUCAGUAUCUAGUUUGGGGCGAUGGGCCCGAGGGCGUCAGUGGAAUUGGCAAGGAGAAGGAGCUGAGGAGUCCGCCGCCAGAGAGGGACGGCUUUGCGUCUGAGAAGAUGGGUGAUGGUGCUGGCACGGUAGGCAUUGAAAUGGGCAAGGUGCCGGCAUAUGAAAGGAGGUGA